UGAGUGACCUGACAAGUGACAACCAAGCAUUGGCAAGUCGAUAUUUUCAGCGUUAUCUAUAUCUGCAAGCCAAAUUCCCAGACUUGGGCAGCGUGAUCAUUCUGCCAAGCAAUGGCUCAGGCGAUGCUUUCCUCCUCCUCUCCCUCCAUGGCGACUGCUGCCCUGCUACCGUUAUCCUCCACGCCCUCGUCAUCGCCUUCUUCAUCGUCUUCUUCGAUCGCCAGGGUUCACACAUUGGCGCGCUUCAAUACCCCGGCCAUUUCCUGGUCUCCUCGUCCUAGAACCAGAGUGUUUGCCAAGUUAGGUGGUGGGGAAAAGGAUUCGAAGCCUGCGCAGAAGAAGUUUAUUACUAGAGAAGAAGAACCGGAGCAGUACUGGCAGACAGCAGGAGAAAGAGAGGGGGAGAACCCAAUGAAGACGCCACUUCCAUAUAUCAUUAUAUUUGGGAUGUCCACACCAUUUGUCAUCCUGGCCAUUGCUUUUGCAAAUGGCUGGAUCAAGGUGCCUGUAAGGUAAUUGUACAUGAUGAGUGUACAUGAUGAGAGAAUGAAGAUCCAGAAAUCUUCAUGGAGGUUCCCUUCUUUCUA